CAGUCGAGUGUUGAGCGUCAGUGGAGUGGAGAGCGCAAGAGCCCAGUACCACAAUAAUGGCAACCACAACAGCAGAAGCCGAAACCCGUCAAAGACUGCUGCGAAACGUGAAGAAGGAGGUCAAGCAGAUCAUGGAGGAAGCAGUCACAAGGAAGUUUGUUCAUGAAGACAGCAGCCAUAUUGUCUCAUUCUGUGCUGCUGUUGAAGCCUGUGUGCUUCAUGGGUUAAAGCGGAGAGCUGCUGGUUUCCUACGAAGCAACAAGAUAGCUGCGCUCUUCACCAAAGUGGGCAAAAGCUUCCCUCCAGCUGAAGAGCUGUGCAGAAAAGCCCAGGAGCUGGAACUGGUCUUUGAAAGCAAACGAAGUCAGUCUCUCUCAUACAGCGAAAGCAGCCGUAAGAUGCCCAAAGUCCCAAACUUCUCACCUCAGGCUGUCAGACAUGUGUGGAUCCACACCGCACUCAUUGAGAAAGUGCUAGACAAGAUCGUGCUGUACCUGGUGGAAAACAGCAGUAAGUUUUAUGAGAAGGAGGCUAUCCUAAUGGACCCUGUGGACGGCCCUAUCCUCGCCUCUUUGUUAGUGGGCCCCUGUGCAUUGGAGUACACUAAAAUGAAGACGGCAGAUCAUUUCUGGACAGAUCCUUCAGCUGACGAGUUGGUGCAAAGGCAUCGUAUUCACAGUGGCCAUUGCCGACAAGACUCUCCUACAAAGAGACCUGCCCUCUGUAUUCAGAAAAGACACUCCAGUAGUAGUAUGGAUGAAAGGCCAUCUCCCUCCCCCGCUGCCAGAGACUAUGUGGAGUCUCUUCAUCAGAAUUCCAGAGCGACCCUCCUGUUCGGCAAGAACAACGUACUGGUGCAGCCGAGGGAUGAUAUGGAAGCAAUCCCAGGGUACCUCUCUCUACACCAGACGGCUGAUUGCAUGACUCUGAAAUGGACGCCAAAUCAGCUAAUGAACGGCUCCAUGGGCGAUCUCGACUAUGAGAAGAGUGUUUACUGGGACUACGCUAUGACAAUCCACCUGGAGGAGAUUGUGUACUUGCACUGUCAUCAGCAGGUGGAUUGUGGGGGAACAGUGGUUCUGGUUAGUCAGGAUGGGAUUCAAAGGCCACCGCUUCGUUUUCCCCGUGGUGGUCACCUCCUACAGUUCCUCUCCUGUCUGGAAAAUGGUCUGCUGCCUCACGGCCAGUUAGACCCGCCGCUUUGGUCCCAGAGAGGAAAGGGUAAGGUAUUUCCUAAGCUAAAGAAGAGAUGUCCACAGGGAUCCUCAGACUCUGUCUCAGACAAAGAAGAGGAAGAAGCAACAGAUUUUGUCUUCCGUAUUGUUUUCCCAAACAGUCAGUCAGAAUUUGUGGCACCAGAAUUGAUAGAUCAGGGAGCAAACAUGUGGCACCCAACACCAAGGAAAUCAUCUUGCUCUUCCUGCUCACAGAGUAGUUUCUCUGAUGGAGCACCGCCCAAUGGAUGCAAUCAUGAAAGGGCCCCUCUGAAGUUGCUGUGUGACAACAUGAAGAACCAAAUCAUCUCUCGUGCUUUCUAUGGAUGGCUGGCGUACUGCCGUCACCUGUCCACGGUACGCACUCACCUGUCUGGCCUUGUCAAUCACACUAUUGUGGAACCAGAUGUGCCCAGUGACGCCUAUGGAGGCCUCACGACAGAAGUGUGGCAGAAGUUUCUUCAAGACUGCAGCACCUAUGAGGAGAAGGAGUUACUGCGACUAGUUUAUUUCGGUGGAGUUGAGCCUUCUUUGCGAAAGGAGGUCUGGCCUUUCCUGCUGGGUCAUUACCAAUUUGGGAUGUCUGAGGCUGAGAGAAAAGAGGUGGAUGAGCAGAUGCGAGCGUGCUAUGAGCAGACAAUGAGCGAAUGGCUGGGGUGUGAGGCCAUUGUUAGGCAGAGAGAAAAAGAACAGCAUGCUGUGGCGUUAGCCAAGUGUUCGUCUGGGGUGAGUAUAGACAGCACCACACAGAGAAUAAUGCACCGUGACUCAACUGUCAGUUAUGAGUCCUCGCAGAGCUGUAGUUCAGGCAGGCAAAGAGAUUCCAGGCUGCAGAGCGACUCCAGCAGCAGUACUCAAGUGUUUGAGUCCAUUGAAGAGGUCGACCAGAUCGAGUCCGAGCCCAAGAGUGAAGAUGCCAAACAGGUUUCCAAAAUCUCAAAUGGAACACCGCAAAAUGGCACAAGUUCUCCAGACUCCGGUCUACCCUCUUCCAGAAACUUCUCCAUUACUUCUGGUCAGUCGGACUCCUUGAGCACAGAGGACAGUGGGAUACAUGACCCAAGACUUAAAGCUCAAUCACAGCUUGCAGUAUCAAAGGAGAGGUUUGCGAGUUCAUCUGGUGUGGAAGGAAAGGUGACUGAGGAAGUUGUGGCAAUAUCAGAGAGAAGCAAGAAGGCCACAGAGAGCCUUUCCGAUAAAAGGUCAGAGGUCGAGACUGAGGGGUUGAAAAUGGCUCGCAGCCACAUGACCAAAAUGGAAGUGGGCGACUCUCCAGAGAGGACUUUGACAUCAGAAAAUGAAGCACUGACAGAGCGCACUGAGUCAGAAAUUCUCAAAGUGACAGAGGUCGAGGAAUCGACUCCUCCAGAGCAGAAGAUGAAUGAGAAUCGGGUAAGUGUGGACACUGAAAGGUCCCACAUGGGAAUGAAAGAUAUCAGAGCAAUCCAAGAGGAACCUUUGGUUACAAAAGAUCAUAAGGUAUCAGAUGCACUUGAGCAGAAGGUUGUAGCUGACAUGCUGGUGUCUGUUUCAAAGGACGAUGAUACAGAGAAAGAAACCAAUGAAAUAAGCAAAGAUAAAGACUGCAAGACAUGCGUGGAUGACGUCAACGAUGUUAGUGGCACACAAAGUGCUUUAAAACCAAGUGAUAAGAAAGAGAACAAGACCAGUGAUUUACCCAGUGGAGCUGGAACAACAGUAAAGAGGAAAAUAACAUCAGUUCUCCCAAAAACCAUUGGUACAGAGCUAAGAGAAGGGAAGGAUGAUUCAAAGAGAAGCACACAUAAAGAAAUGCAGAGGAACGCUCCAGUAAUUGAGGAGACAGUGGUCCCAUUGGUGCAUGAAGCUUUUAGCACAAGAGAGAUGGGUGAAGCCCAAGAUGCAACUGAGUUAGACGAGUCUCCCUCUGCAAUUGAAAUGGAAGAGAUUCCUACAGCUAAAGUGUCCAUGGCUUGGGAAAGGAAGAGUUCACCCAAAAGCAAGGCUAGUGAGCAGGCAGCUGUACCUGUAUUGGAGCUCAGGCUGGAGGAAGCUCAUGGAAAGCCCAGCUCUGAAGGAAUGGACUCUGAGGAGCCAGAGAUGGAGAGUCUUUGCCCACAGCUGGAUUCACUUGCUGUAAACGCUGAGAAGAAUGAAGCUACCUCUCCAGUUGCCUCUAUAGGCACCACUUAUUCUCAAGAGCUUUUGGACCUGUACACUCUAAAUCUGCAUCGCAUUGAUAAAGACGUUCAGCGCUGUGACCGAAAUUACUGGUAUUUUACUCCUGCUAACUUGGAAAAAUUGCGCAACAUCAUGUGCAGUUAUAUCUGGCAGAACCUGGAAAUUGGAUAUGUCCAGGGCAUGUGUGACCUGCUCGCUCCCUUGCUAGUUAUUCUAGAUGAUGAGGCCAUGGCUUUCAGUUGUUUCACUGAACUAAUGAAAAGGAUGAAUCAAAAUUUUCCUCACGGAGGUGCGAUGGACACACACUUUGCCAAUAUGAGAUCUCUCAUCCAGAUUCUAGACGCAGAGCUGUUUGAGCUAAUGCAUCAGAACGGAGACUACACACACUUCUACUUCUGCUAUCGCUGGUUUCUUCUUGACUUUAAAAGAGAGUUGGUGUAUGAUGAUGUGUUUGCUGUUUGGGAGGUCAUCUGGGCUGCUAAGUGUGUCUCCUCCAGCCAUUUUGGGCUCUUCAUUGCUCUUGCAUUGGUGGAGAUAUACAGAGACAUCAUUCUAGAAAACAAUAUGGACUUCACAGACAUCAUCAAGUUUUUCAAUGAAAUGGCUGAGCAUCACAAUAUCAAGCAAAUUCUGACUCUGGCUCGAGACCUGGUUUGCAAAGUGCAGACGCUUAUAGAGAACAAGUAACUCUGAAACCUCUCACCUCUGUUGUUUAAAUCAUGUUCACAGUGUAACCCAUCAGCCCUUGCUACAAUACAACAGGGAACAUUUGGCCAAAGCUUAAUGAGCUUCAAGCAUAUGGUAACAUUUCCAAUGCCAAACUUCUUGAUCUACCUGCAAUCAGUCAGUGUGCAAUUUAAGAGAGUCAUCUGGCUCUUUAAUCAGGUUUUACUGAACAUCAUAGUACAUAACAUUUCAUAAACAGAUGCUGCUAAUGAGUGGUCAUUCACUGUUUGACAUGGAAUUUUAUCCUGUGUCUAAAAUGCAGUCAGGAUUACCAGUCACUAGUGACUCGUGUGCUCAGUUCCAAAACCUAGUGAGCUGCCUUGCUGUCUACUGCCUACAUAAACUUGUUGAAAAUAAACUAAAUUUGAUUCCAGUAGAAUUUGGUGUUAGUAUGUUUUUAAGCUAAUUUAAUGACACUCAUACUGGACACAGCACACACGCUCACACAUUCUGGGUAGAAUAGUCCGUUUAAAUCAGAUUUAAACUUUUAUUGAUGCUUGUCAGUGAAAACAAGUAUUUUUAAACAUUUUCUUCAUUCAUGUGAUGCUGCCUUAGAAUUUGACCAAUAGAACAUAUCUUAGAAAGCAGCAUUAUGUUGCAGAUGUGUGCCUAUGAUGCCUUAAAAUGCUGCCUAUGUAGGCAGCUCACUAGGUUUUUAAACAGAGCAAUAGUUCAGGAGUUCAGGUCAGGUGCAUUUUAUUGCUAAGAGACGCUCACACUAGAUUUCAUGCUCCAUUUGCUUUCACAUAUAUGGAGUGCACAUAUGUACACUGCUGUUCAAUAGUUUGG